AUGGAAGGUCGAGACUUUCUGGCCAUGGCAACGGCCCCUGUGGUCGCUGUUAUUACCGACACUGCACGGAUAGUUCCGUCUAUGCUCAUGUCAAAGAACAACAUUCCUGACUUGGUUCAUUAUCUACGACCUUUUGGACUAGCACGUCACUCUCAUGUUUCCAUUCCGGACAUGCAUGGAAAUACUAUUCAACUUGAUCCUGGCCAUAUUCGAUUCGUGGAUUUGUGUUCAUUGGAUACGCCUACUGUUGCUCGGUCUGGAACGGUCGAUGCUGCUGUCAUGGCUUCAGUCUUGACUGCUACCAUGGGCUCAUCUGCUUCACCUUCCAAUAAUACUGCGUCAUCUACUGCCGGAUCUCCCCUUUCCCAUCCCACCAAACUCCCCUGUUUGCGCAGUAUUGACGAAGUGCAUCGAUACCGUGAAUCGGGUUUGGUCGUCGUGUCCACUAGCGAUCCAGAUCCUGUGGCUACUGCAAGAGAUUUACUUACCGAAUCAAAUAUUCCACAUGCCUUGAGAAAACCUUAUAUGGAUCCAUAUAUUCAGCGACUGUAUUUGCUGAUACACGAUCCUGAGGAAGCUCCUAAUGUAGAUCCUGAUGCAAUUUUGGCCAAUAUGAAACGAUCAUUUCCAACUUACAUGCUGACGAUCAAUACUCGUCCAGCUAAUUCAGAUCAAGCUCAAAGUGUUCCCGAUAUUUGGUCAGCUUCCAUUUCAGAAACUGCAGAGCUGACUCAACGUCUAUCUAGCACUUCCCCUAUACCACCAAAUCUGUCCACAUCACCCAAAACAACAGCUACUCCGCAAACAGAGUCUCUAAAUUUAGUCAAUGCUAGUGAUGCAAAAUCACCACUUUUGACUAUAACGACUACUACCGUUUGUGGGCAGCGAAUAUCCGUUUCAGAUUAUUCAAACGUCAACACUUUUAUAGAAGAAUUUCUGCUGGAUCACAUUAUUAGUCGUAUGGUGGGUCAGAUGAAAGAAUGGGAGCAAGACGUUGCUAGUGUACGACGUGGCAUUUCUGGCAGACUGUUUAAAGUCGGUCUUAAAUAUUUUAGUGGAUCGAAAUCAGCUGCAUCCCACCCUGUACCCUUUACAGAUCCCAUAACAGGACAAACCAUGUUUCCAUUUCUUUCUCCAGAACUCAUCAUGCGACGACUGGGCGACUAUGCAUUCAUGCUUCGAGAUUACAGAUAUGCUCUAUCUAUCUAUGAAUCAGUAAAAAAAGAUUUUACUUCCAAUGAGCGCUAUGCAAAGUACUAUGCUGGAAUUCAAGAAAUGAUGGCAGUGACAUCUCUUAUGAUUACCGAUUCUCCGAAAAGUAGUAUUGACGCAAUGGCCGAAAACGCAGUCCUAAAAUACAUUGACGCCAAAUGCUCUCUCUAUGCGAGUCGAGCAACCAUGUGGAUUGUUGAGAUGACCAAAGAGCAUAAUCUGUUCAGAGAUGCUGCUGCACUACUCAUUCGCAUGGCUGGUGAAGAGUCUGAUCUCAAGGGUGCUUUGUUUCUUGAACAGGCCGCCAUCUGCUUCCUCCGAACCACUCCGCCUUUACCAAGAAAAUACACUUUUCAUUUAAUUUUAGCUGGAAAUCGGUUUUCCAAGUGUGGUUUGCGCAAUCAUGCUCAACGAAAUUAUUCAACAGCUUUGGAAGCUUACGGCGGACUAAAUUGGACUUUGAUUGACGACCAUAUCCACUUUGCGCUGGGGAAACAGUUGUUCCAUAUGGGAAAGGUUGAUGUAGCCAUACAAUAUUUUAUCAAAUUGCUGAGGAAAAGUCGGCAGUCUGCUGCUGGACAGCGAGCAUAUCUGUCCGAGUUUUUGUAUAUUUAUCAACAGCUUGUUUCUACAAGGAAUGUUGAGAAUGGAAGCUCGGGUAAACUCGAAGAUAUACAAGACAAUCUACCCACUGUUCCGCUUCCUGUUAUUUUAGAUGCUGGAGUAAAGCUUGCUCUACAGAGAAAUGAGAUCUAUAAAGGUGGUACUGCUGAUACACGCAGUAAUACUGGUCCUGGGGUUUCUAGUGGUGCUAUAGGUGGAUCGAAUACCCAAGAUGGUCACGAUACUUUCAAGGAUGAUGGAUUGAUUUGGACGUCGCUUGAGGAAAAGCUUGUCGAAUUUGUUACAGAAGGUACUCCUAGCUCAUCUGCUACUUUCCGUCGUCGGCCACCCUUGGGACAGCCUGUAACGGUUCUUCCUGCAAAUUCAGAUCAAGCACAAACUAUUACAGCUGUAGAUGAACCCGUCACUGUUUCUUUUCAAUGGGUCAAUCCACUUCAAGUUCCCAUUCCUGUUAAUAAUAUCUAUUUGGAGUGUGUGUUUUCGGGCUGUUCUGAAACUAAAACCGAGUUGGUAAUUCCAUCAACUGGCGACGUGCCUAGUCGCAUUGAGCUACCUCAAUAUGAUAUUCAGGUAUUGCACGAUGUUUCUCUUGAUGCAGGCGAAAAACGCAAAAUUCACCUCAAGAUAUAUCCAAAAAUGGAAGGUGAAAUCACUGUAUUGGGUGUACGAUAUCUACUAUGUGGUAUAAUUCCUACUUAUAGGAGAUUUCAAAAGCGUCGACAAAAGUUGAGUGAGCCUCAAGUGCAACAGGCAGAUCAAGAUGACCAAGAUACCAAAGAUAUAUUGCUCAAGAUUCUAGUGACGCCUCCAAUGCCUGUGCUAGAUGUAGUGUUUCAUUCGUUCCCAGAAACAAUGCUGUUGGGACAAGUAUCGCAAGUAGCGCUAGAGUUAAAUAAUCGUGGAACAAGAGGGCUUAAAAAUUUAGUUGUGAUUACAAGCCAUCCUACUGCAUUUUGUUUUGGGGAUGGAACGUCGUUGGAGCAACCUUCAUAUGCUCCCAAGGCUCCAACAAGCGAAUCUAAUUAUGAAGAAAAAAUAUCUGUUUCUAAUACGCUUGUAGAUGGGUCUGCGUGCGCACUUCAACUCCCAUUGUCUGAUGAUACCGCAUCAACCUCCAUGUCACCCAAUACAAAGGAUGCGCUCAUGUCAGGCGGGAUCCUUUCUGCAUCGCUUAUUACUCUUAUCCCAGUAUGGGUCAGAGCCGAUAAGGCUGGUAAGCAAGUGUAUAGGAUAUUAUUUAUGUAUCAAUCGGAGAGCCAAGGUAGCUACCGAAUACUUCGCUGUGUACUUACUACCGAGGUAAUUCCCUCGCUUCGAGUCAAUAUUUUUACGCGAACCAGCAUCAAUUGUCUCGAUGAGUUUAUUCUUGGUGUAGAAAUGGAAAACUUGCAUCCAAACCUUCCACUUACAUUCCGGCAAAUCACAUCCAUCAGUCCAUCGUGGCAGAUUGAACCUUUAAUUGAUUGUGAGCAAUUUACCGAGAGUAUCAUGAAGCCAAGCCAAACGCAGUAUCAGUACUUUCGUAUCAAACGGUGGAUGGGUCGUGCGCCAUUGAUAAUGAGCCAAACACCAGAACUCAUGACCACGUCUGCCAUACAGAGACUUAUUUUGCAAGAAGAUGCAAAACCUUUUACUCCGCCAGAUAUUACCAUGUGGAUUAAAAGUUUAGGUGCACAAAACCAACUUACUACUACCAGUGAGCUUCCAUUGGAAUCCUUUCUUCAUUCACAGCGGUAUCAGACACGUAUAGCGCACUUGCUUACGCAGUAUCCGAGUUUGACACUGGCACAGGUUAAGCAGCUGUUUACACAAAUAUGGAUGGAUGAUUUAGAUUUAUGUUUCUUUUGGGAUUCAACCGCGACUGGACAGCGAGGACAUUUGGCACUCACAGGACUUAAUCUUUGUCUAUAUUCUCCACUUCCCCUUGCAGCUUGGUUUGGGCAUAUGGAUGCAAAGGCUUUUAUUGGAAGAGCACUGUUUAGUGCUACGGUAAGAGAACGCAAACUUCUUGUGGCAAGUUUGCUGAAAUCUCGAGCCAAAGAUGCAUGUCCUGUUCGGGUUGUUGUCGAAUGUGUACCAGAGGUGGUAAUGAAUGCCGAUGGAAAAUGUUUUGUAGAAGUGGACAUUAUUCUUGGAAAUAGCUCCUGGAUGCAUGUAGCCGAGUAUCAGUUUGAAGCCAUUUCAUCUUUUAGUAGCAGUGUAGAAGAUGCGCCUGUCAAGGGAUCAAGUAAGAAUGUAGGUGAUAGGCCAUCGACUGUGGGACCUACUGCUCUUUCAAAACGACUUAGCGUGGCUGCAGCUUCCGGCGGGGAGUCGUCCACUACCAACUCGACAGCAACCAAGGGACCAUCUGGAAACACGUUCGCAUGGGUUGGACAAACACAUUUUAGCGGUAAACUUGAACCUGAAUCUCAAACUCGAUUUAAACUUCAUGCCUGGUUUUCACAUCUCGGUAUGCAUGAUGUGAACCGAUGGAAGCUGAAUGUUCUCUUGAUGUUUUCAGACGAAGCCAACGCGGUUGGAGAUGUACCUGCCGCAACUAGCAAAAUUGGAAACAAUGAAGUAAGCUCGCCACUCAUAAAGUCUGUAAAGAAACCUGGACUAGUAUUUGUGCAGAUGCCGACUAUGGCCCAGCAAGUUUACGUUUGUGGGAAGAACUAGACAUCCAAGUUAAACUGCUGUAUUCGUUACCGGUUCGAAUCCAAACUGACGGUUGGAGAUGAUGGCUGGAGCCAUGAAUGAAUCUACUUUUAUUAAAUAUCAAAUCCAAUUCC